AUGCCUAAAAAGUCAGCAUUCGACCCUUUCCUCACUUCGCUCAACUUGGACCCACAAGCCCUAGGCUACACGGGUAGGAUAAUGUCUACGCCUCAAAAGAAAGAGAAGCAUCGUGCUUGCGAUGAGUGUAGGACUCGAAAGCUCGCAUGUUCUAAAGAUUCCGAUGGUUGCGAGCGCUGUAAACGCGAAGCAAUCGUAUGCCAUUAUUCCGAGCAAAAGCCUAUGGGACGGCCACGAAAGAGACAGUUUAUAGAGACAGCGAACGAUAAUCCUCCACCGAAUCCAUCCUUGGAGCCACUUGAACCCGGUCAACUGCCCUUAGUAGCCAAUGACUACGGUUAUCCCAGCGACGCCAACAUAGCUCAACCUUUUUAUAUAGAUGCACAGUCAGGGCUUGAACUACCAGAAGCUACUAUAAAAGCAAUUACGGAAGUUAGCAGUGGUGAACACAGAGAACCUUUUCACUUUGGGGAGCGAAUGAACUAUGGGAAUAUCAAUUUUGAGUCCAACACAGAUGAAGCCAUAGAUCCAAUUCUUGAUCCGGCAUUAUCAUCGGGCUCAAACCCUUCAGCCUCCGACGCUGGGAGUAGCCCAUCCCAAAACCAAAAACCAUUAGCACCUUGCAGCUGCCUGGCAUCCAUGUACCUUGCACUUGCGUCUCUCCAACAACUCCCAACGGAUAUUGUUCUGGCCUUGAAGACGGUUCGUCAGGCGGCAAUGACAGCCUCGUCGACGAUUUGGUGUCCACAAUGCGGGGCCGUUCUAGUUGAUAAGCCCAAACCUCCUAUCGAGGCUUUCCAGAAUACCAUGUUAUUGGGGACUCUUAUUCCCGUCAUAGCCAAUGCCUAUAAACGGCUAUUAGAUAUGAUCGAUAUAGAAACAGAUGCUGCGGUGGCCUUGGGUCAAACAAAAACCUUUAGGUUUCAUGAUUACGGAGGUUUAUGUGGCAUUCAAUCAUCCAUAAAUGAAACCAUGGAUUGUAUUGAGAAGGAGAUGAUGUUUAACACCGUCGAAAUGCCACCUGUACAAUGGCGUACGACAGUGAGGGCGUUGCUCCGUGUUGAUAUCUACGGACACGACCUACCUGCCUUCAAGCAUAGAGGGUUGAAGGCUUUGGUUGCGGAAAUAGAGGAGCGUCAAAGGACUCGCCACGCGUGGCUGGAACUUCACCCAGACGCUGGCAUAGUGGGUGAGAAAGACCAAUGUGCGGGAGACCAAGUCCAGUAUGAAAAUCCUGAAAAUCUCUCGCGGUUGCAACAUAUUCAAAGAAUCAUUGCUGAUCACCAAGCAUCCAUAGUGGCUGUCUCCAAAUCCUGGGAAUGGCGAGGCACGCUAUAG